AUCAGAUUGACCGUGGGAGCCGCCCGUAGGAUGUCAACUGGAUCACCGCUUGAAUGACGAUUUGGACCAUCAAACGAAUUUAUUGACUGUGUGUGUUAUUCCUGCAAACUAUGACGGAUAAACACGUCGGGUGACACGGAUAUUGACGUCGUACGCCGCUAGCUUGAUUUCCAACUCAGUGGAUCCACUCUACUAGUGGAAGCACAAUGGAGACUUUGAUUCCCACCAUCAACCGUUUGCAAGAGGUUUUCCUCACAGUCGGCGCAGAGAUCAUCCAUCUGCCUCAAAUCGUCGUGGUCGGAUCUCAGAGUAGCGGGAAGAGCUCAGUGCUGGAGAGUCUGGUUGGACGGGAUUUCCUGCCCCGAGGCUCGGGGAUCGUCACCAGACGACCGCUGGUGCUGCAGCUUGUCAACGUCGCACCUCUGGAGGAGCGACUGAAGACUGAAAAUGGAAAUGGGGUUAAACAAACGACACAAAACAACUACCCAGCGGUCAAAGCUGAAGAAUGGGGCACCUUCCUGCACUGCAAGAAUCAGGUUUUUACAGAUUUUGGGGAAAUUCGUCAGGAAAUCGAGGCGGAGACUGAACGUUCUUCAGGCAACAACAAGGGAAUCACUCCCGAACCCAUCCAUUUGAAGAUUUUCUCCCCCAAAGUCCUCAAUCUGACCCUUGUUGACUUGCCGGGCAUCACUAAGGUUCCAGUUGGGGAUCAGCCCGAGGAUAUCGAAGCCCAAGUGCAGGAGAUGAUCUUGUCCUUCAUCUCCAAUCCCAACUCCCUCAUCCUCUCCGUGUCCGCCGCCAACUCCGACUUGGCUACCUCGGACGCUCUGAAGUUGGCCCGUGAGGUCGAUCCAGACGGUCGACGGACUCUUCUCGUGGUCAGCAAGCUGGAUUUGAUGGACGCGGGGACAGACGCUCUGGAGGUACUUCUCGGUCGAGUCAUUCCAGUCAGGCUCGGGAUCAUCGGGGUGGUGAACAGGAGCCAGCACGACAUCAACACUCAGAAGAGCCUGGGGGACAGCGUGAAGGACGAGCAGGCCUUCCUGCAGCGUCACUACCCGUCGCUGGCGUCCCGUGCCGGCUCUCGCUACCUGGCCAAAACGCUCAGCAGGCUUCUCAUGCACCACAUCCGAGACUGCCUGCCGGACCUCAAGACCCGCGUGACGGUUCUCAGCACCCAGUACCAGUCGCGUCUCAACAGCUACGGCCAGCCGGUGGAGGACCACAGCGCCACUCUGCUGCAGAUUGUCACCAAGUUCGCCAGCGAUUACUGCAACACCAUCGAGGGGACGGCGCGCUAUAUCCAAACCUCGGAGCUCUGCGGCGGCGCUCGCAUCUGUUACAUCUUCCACGAAACCUUCGGUCGCACUCUGCAGUCCAUCGACCCUCUGGGAGGACUGACAGAAUUCGACGUCCUCACCGCCAUCCGCAAUGCUACCGGUCCGCGCCCGGCCCUUUUUGUCCCGGAGGUGUCCUUUGAGUUGCUGGUGAAGCGUCAAAUCAAGCGUCUGGAAGAGCCCAGUCUGCGUUGUGUGGAGCUGGUCCACGAAGAGCUGCAGAGGAUCAUCCAGCACUGCUCGUCUUUCAGCACGCAAGAGCUUCUGCGAUUCCCCAAACUGCAUGAUUCCAUUGUGGAAGUCGUGACGGGAUUACUGAGGAAGCGCCUGCCAAUUGCCAAUGAAAUGGUGCAUAAUUUAGUAGCAAUAGAGCUCGCCUACAUCAACACAAAGCAUCCGGACUUCACGGAUGCGGCGCAGGUCUCGGCAUCCGUCAACAGUCAGCAGGCAGACGGCCUGGAUGCAACCAAGCGCUGGAAGAAUGACAAGGUGGCAGAGGACAAAGCUCCGACUGCGGGCUUUGGCAGCCCCAGUAAAGGGCAGCCCAUUAACCUGCUUGACACAACAGUGCCCGUGCCUCGCAAGUUGAGCUCAAAGGAGCAGAAGGACUGUGAGGUCAUCCAGCGACUCAUCAAGUCUUACUUCCUCAUCGUCCGCAAGACCAUCCAAGACAGCGUUCCCAAGACCGUCAUGCACUUCCUGGUGAACCAUGUCAAGGAGCAUUUGCAGAGCGAGCUGGUGGGUCAGCUCUAUAAACAGACGCUACUCCAGGACCUGCUCAUUGAGUCGCAGGACACAGCGCAGCAGAGGACCGAGGUCGCGCAAAUGCUGGAGGCACUUAAGAAGGCCAAUCACAUCAUCUCUGAGAUCAGAGAGACACACCUGUGGUAGCUAAAGAAAGCAGACACUCCUCACUUUCUCCACAACAAGAAUAAUGAUGUACAGUAAGAGGAAGGCAAACACGCUUCUGUUCAAAUCUCAGUUUUUCUCUUCACAAAAUAAGACCAAGAUAAAUCAUUUCAGAACAUUUUGCCACAGUAAUGCAACUCAAUAAAAUGGAAUAUUUUUGGGAGCGGAGGUUGCAUAAAUGCGCACACCCUCUCAGACCUGGAAAUGUGGCUUUGCUCAUUAGUAACCAAUCACAUCAAGUUACUAAAUGGCAGUCGGCACACAUCUGCCCAUUCAAAGUGCCUCUGAUGAAGCCCUGAUAAAGUUCUACUAAGCUUUAGAUCCAUCCGGCCUUGUAUGUCCCAUUGAUAGUGGGGGGAAAAAAAAAAAGAGUCAUGAUUUAUCUUUUGUCUUAUUUUUAAAAGAAAAAAAAAACACGAUAACCUGACUUUUGAACAGGGGUGUGUCGACUUUUUAUAUCCACUGUAUGUGUGUGGUUGUGUGUGUGUGUGUGCGCAAUUUCUCCUGGACCAAUGAACAUUUAGCACAUUUCGAUCCAUUGUUGCCCUCAAGCAAAACCUCCAGGGCUCCUCACUCAGGUUCUGCCACUUCACUGUCAAUGUGAACAAAGGUCUCGACCUCCCUUUAUGUCGUUUUGUCAUGCCAAGUGUGUCAUACAUGUACAUUACAUGUGCGAUGUUUUAUUUGUAUGUCCAGAAAUGGCCAAACAUUCGUUAAGCCGGUGCUGAAUCAGCAAUUGUGGGUUGCACUCCAGUUUAAAUCCACUUGUUGGCAUCCGUCUUUCUGACCAAAAGAAGACAAUUGAUUUUCUAAAAUGGUUGCGAUGGUGAUGUCAAAGCACUAAGUUUGUAUGAGAUCAAGUCAUUCGACAGGGCAAGAACUUGUGUGGAAUCCCAGCCACAGUGUUAAAGGCGGCUGAGCUUAAAGGCUCUCAUUUGUUUUUCUCAACCUAUCACAUUUUUUUUCAGGUGAAGAACCUGAUUUUGCACAAAUAUAUGGUACGUGUUCCCUUUCACUACUGUAAUAACAGGUGCAUUUUUUUUUUUUUAACUGAGCUUCAAGAAGUCAGGUUUUAUUGAUAGGGAUCUGUUUUUGCGUCAGAUUGAAAAAUAC